UGAAUCGAAAGCACCUGGAUGCGUUUUCUUCAUGCGUGAUCAACAAAUGCCCAAAUGGCGAAUAUUCCCCCCAAACUACGAGUGAGGACUGAACUGGAGUGUGGUCCUAAAAAAGACCUUCAUACCCCCACUGGUGAACACAGUGAAUAUGCUCCUGGUAAGCUGGUGCGGUCUAGCAGCAGUGAAAUUGAACAACCAAACAAUUUAAGGCUGGCCUAAUCUGUGUAAACAGAAAAACAAAUGGAAAUAAAACACUGAAACACACAUUGUGAAGACACAGUGAGAACCCGUACUCACAGAAGAUUCGUGCAGCGAUAAUCAGAAAUGGCGUGCAAACGUGAUAAAUCUCUGCCUCACUUUAAUUUAAUCCUGCUGGGGAAAUCAGGAGUUGGGAAAAGUGCCACAGGAAACACUAUCCUCGGACGAGUGGCUUUCAACUCUGAGUUAAGCUCCACACCCGUAACUCAGGAGGUACAGAUGGAGAGAGUGGUUAUUGAUGGGGUCAGCAUUGAUGUGUACGACACACCAGAAUUAUUUAACACAGAAACAAGCAACGAGGAUGUGAUGAAGAAAUGCCGGUCUGUGCUUCCGUUAGACGGCCCUGUUCCCACGGUGUUCCUGCUGGUGAUUCCAGCAAAAAGAUUAACUCCAGAGAACAAACGUGCUGUUGAAGCAAUCCAGAAAACCUUAGGACAAAGGUUUCUAAAGAACACCUGGAUCCUUUUCACCAGAAGAGAUGACCUAGAAAAAGAAAAUAAAUCAGUACAGAGGUUUAUUGAAAACGUAACAAACCUCAAACUGUACUUGGAGAAAUGUAACAACAGGUACCACUCCUUCAACAACAACAACUUUAAGGAUCGUGGGCAGGUUAAAGAAUUAUUGGACAAAAUAAGAGAAGAAGUGAAAUUGAGAUCACCAUCUUGGAACAUUAUCUUACUGGGGAAAUCGGGGACUGGAAAAAGUUCUUCAGCAAACACCAUUUUGGGUCGGCCACAGUUUACUUCAAAAACAGGUCACAGAUCAGUAACACUCAGAACUCAGAAGGAAAAUGUAACGAUACGUGACCUCAGGAUUAAUUUGUUUGACACUCCUGGACUCUCCAACACUGUGAUCAGAGAUGAAGAGGUUAUGCAGGAAUACCGAUGCCUCUCACUGUUUGCAGACUCAGUUCCCACAGUAUUUCUGCUGGUGUUGAAAGCAGAAAGACCAACUCAAGAGGACAUGAGAACUGUUCAAGAGAUCGAGAACCUUUUAGGAGAUCAGCUCCUCCAGCACACCUGGAUCCUCUUCACCAGAGGAGAUAAUCUGGAGAGGGAAAGACUGUCAGUAGAGGCGUUCAUUCAAGGUUCAAACUACCUCAGACAAGUUGUACAGAGAUUUGGUAACAGGUACCACAUCUUCAACAACAAGAUACACAAUCCUGAUCAAGUAUGGAAAUUACUGGACAAAAUAGACACUUCACCACUGAUGAUGGGAGAAAUUAUGAAAAUGACUUUGACUCUAAAGGACAACCCACCAACAUGGAAUCUUUUUCUACUGGGGAAGUCGGGGGCUGGAAAAAGUUCUUCAGCAAACACUCUUUUGGGUCGGACGGAGUUUACUUCCAAAUCUGGGUUUAGUUCAGAAACACUCAGAACUCAGAAGGAAAAUGUAACGAAGCGUGACAUCAGUAUUAAUUUGUUUGACACUCCUGGACUCUCCAACACUGUGAUCAGCUAUGAGGAGGUUAUGCAGGAAUACCGAUGCCUCUCACUGUUAGCAGACUCAGUUCCUACAGUAUUUCUGCUGAUGUUGAAAGCAGAAAGACCAACUCAAGAGGACAUGGAAACUGUUAAAAAGAUCGAGAACCUGUUAGGAGAUCAGCUCCUCCAGCACACCUGGAUCCUCUUCACCAGAGGAGAUGAUCUGGAGAGAGAGAACCUCACUAUAGAACAGUUUAUCGACGACACAGAGGAGCUGAAGAGGGUUGUACAGAGAUUUAGGAGGAGGUUCCAUGUUUUCAACAACAAGAUAUACAAUCCUGAUCAAGUCAGAAGACUGAUAGAGAAAACAUCAAUGUGUUACUGAGCUUCGGUAC